AUGACGUCACCACAGAAUCUUGACACCAAGGCUAAAGCAGUUAAAGAAACUUGGGCGUCUCGGGCUGUAAAUGUUCUUUUUAUGAGUUCCCAGGCCAACUCCAGCUUCCCGGCUGUGGAUGAUGACACGUACGUCAUAGUGGAAAACUUGCUUCACUUCCUGUCAGACAAAAACCAAUCAGAACCCGUUUAUUUUGGGCAGACGUUCAAACCUUUUGUCAAACAAGGAUACAAUAGCGGCGGCGCCGGCUAUGUACUGAGCAAGGAGGCGCUAAGAAGACUGUGCGAAAGGGACGACGCUGAGAAGUGUAUCAAAACAAACACCGACGAAGACGUGGAGAUGGGGCGGUGUCUUGAAAGUCUGGACGUGAGAAUCGGCGAGAGUCUCGACCAGUUCGGGAAAACCCGCUUUCAUGGCUUCCCGCUACAAACUGUAAUGGAUAGCCACUGCGACACGGGAUAUGAAAGCUAUGACUAUUAUAACUGCUCUAAUAAGGGAUGGCAAUGGUUGAGUGACUACGCCGUCACGUUUCACUACAUCUCACCAAUCAACAUGUUUCAACUGGACUAUUUCAUCUACCGCUUGAGGCCGUUUGGAGUCUUCAAUCGGCUGGUUGUCUAG